UGCAGCAGAUAAGGUUGCUGUCUAUUCCGAUUUCACUGAUACAUUCCGUAGCGAUCUUGGAUGCGCAACGUCUGAUCAUAUAACGGUAGCUCACAUGUGGCCUAACGAUUUCGAACGUUUCUCGGACUUUCCAGAUUUUUAGCAAGCGAUUCGCUUCUGCGAUGGAAUUCGAGAGCUGUGAGGUCAGAAACAAUUCCUGACUCCGCAAGAUUUUGCCGAAGUAUGGACAAAAUCAUAGAUGCUUGCAACAGUUGGAGCAUCUUCAAUGUGAACCCUGCAAAGAGACCUUCAAGCGAGGAGAACCCACAGGUGGAGGAAGUCCUCGCAGAUCUUCUAUCUUGGGCACCGUACAUGAAAGUGUGCGCUAAGGGCAGAUUGAAGCGACCUGCGUCAUUCGUAGAAAUAGUGCAGACCGUUCGCGGUAUCCUCAUGCUUCAUCGCGAGCUGGGAGAGCAGUUCACAGGAUUCAUGUUAUUUACAGCAUUAUGUAACCAAGAUUCGGUGGAACAUUUAUUCUCCAGAUUCCAAGGACGUGGUGGCUUUAAUCGGAACCCGACGUGCAGAAUUUCCGACCCACCACACGUCACUUGAUAGCGGUCCGCAACAUUAUCUCGUCGAAGCAGGGCAAUGCCAUCUGCGCUGACCUACCAUACUUGACUGCUGCGACUCUGAUCGAUCAACCACAGCUUGCCGGUGAUCUUACGGAUCGGCAAUACAAAGCUGGUGUAAGUGCCGUUGAAUCAUUCAAAGAUGGGGAAUUUGCACCAGUUGUUGACGUUGAAAACGACGAACCUCUUGAUGCACAGAGCAAAAGCGACAGCGACGUUGAGGACGAUGAUGACCUCGACCUGGCGACAAGGUUACGUGUGUUGUCCAAGCUGCAUCCUUGUGACAGCUGUCAGGAUAUUUUGGCCAAAAAGGUAUCCCAUGCGGUUAAUUCUAAUGAAAGUUUUCGUCCAGCAUAAGCACAAGGAUGGAAUACUGAAGAAGCUCGUUGCUCACGCGAUUGAUGCAACGACCAAAAUUGACCCACAGUGGUUCGACGAGUCUGAUCCGUGCAACAGCCAUAGCAACUGCGCCGUACGGUUCAUGUUGAGGGUGAAACUUCGACUUCGUUGCCAGCUUGACAACAGGGCUGUCAAAUCAAGAGCCAAGAAAAGCGUCGUGCAACUGCGGCGAAACGAAAUGCUCUUAAGCCUGCCAAGGAGAUGCGAAAUAUCCUCCAUACCUAAGGUUGCCACGUGCACUUGGCACUUUUGUCGAAUACACGUAGCCGAUGGCAGUACGUACAGGUGAUACAGAUACUUGUUACGUAAUUCAAAUAACUCUGUUGAUGAUUACAGCUUGUUCAGACGGACAUGUCUCAUCGUGAUCAGUAUUGACGUUUUUGAUGUUCAUGUUGCAAAUGAUGAAAUAUUGACGGACGGAGUGAAUAUUUGCACACAAUAUUACCGUAACAUUACUUAGAGAACCUUGAUGAGUCGGAAGUGCCUAUGGGUUGUCUAGAUAUUUUGAGAUGAAUGUGUUCUAAAAAGUAUCGCGAAGUCGCCAUUUUUUAGCAAUUGAUUACGUGAUAUCGGUAUAUCAUUAAUAUGAACGUAUUCCUAUAUUAUUAUCAUUUCAUAAUUAUGUAUCAAUACGAACACAUUAAUAUCUUACUACGAUUACAUAAUCAUAUGUGAAAAGGGAACGUUGAAUUCAUAGCCGUCCCGAUCCUACCGAGAGUUCAGGGUGAGCUGCUCGUGCAGUUAUACUGCAGGGAUUGAUACCCGUGUGUAAAACAGAGCUGUGAAUUCGGCAGAAGUUCUCGAGCGACUUCGCGGUAUGAAAAAGUCGGUCGACUUACACUUUCUUACUGAGAAAGCAUUUAGUGUGAUAACGAUCCAUUCGGAGUCACCCGAAUGUUAAACUCCCUGUGGUAUGGCUAUUCCGUUGGGAAUAGUUCUCCCUGUUCUCUCAGGUAGGAUUGGGACAUUGUUGACCGACGCACGUUCAUCUCAUGUUCUCGCGAUCGGUUUAUUUAGACCGUUCACCGUAACAACGGUUUUCGGUAUUUGGUUGGUCUGCCGUCAUCUUGCAACUCGAAGACGGGGAAGACCGGGAAAAGUGGACUCCAUUUUACUUCUGUCUCCUCCAUGAGAUUUCUCAUGCAAUUGUUCAUAUUUUUGUCCUUUGAACUAGUAUACAGAUUGUGCGUGCAAUCGAUACGUGUUUGCCUUUGAUCUGGCGAUACUUAUUGAGUGUCAGACAGUCGUAAAUGUGUAUCGAGUGUUGCGUAACGUUUACCAUCCAAUCUAGGAUUUCCUAGAAUUUCCCAGUCUUACGGUAAAACUUCGUCUCCUAAUAUCGAUGCAAUGAUUAUAAAACAUGCGAUUGUCACUGAUUCAAAUUUUCGACUUUCAGAUUCGGCGAACUGGAAUUCAUCGUCGCUGCUGGACAAAAUCGAUGGGCCGUACUGUAUUAUAUCUACGAAUAGAAUCUCUUGUUUAUCGAAAUAUCACUCAGUGUCUGUAUUUACAUUAUAGUAUUCGCGGCUUCACUAAAAUAAUUGUUGAUUUUAAUAUUGAUUUGUGGCUUCUUUCUAUCCAACUCCGACUCCAUUUCAAACAUUAAGGUAGUUGUGCAAAACGUCGGAAAAUUUUGAAUUUUUGUAUUCUUGUCGAGGACUUGAUCAUACAAUCACAAUUAAAAUUUGAAGUCGAUCGACUUCCUCUAAUAUGAGAUGAACUCAAUUAAAAAUU